AUGGAGAAGAAAAAAGAUAAGGAAGCCAAAGAGUUUGAAACUGUAGAGAUAAAACCAAAAGAAGUAAAACUAAAGGAGAAGCCCAAAGUUGACACAAAACCUCUUAAACUGAAACAAAAGAAGCCCAAAGAAGAAGAGCCGGUAAAGAAGCUGCUCAGAAAAGAUGUAAAAGAACUGCCCACAGAAAAGAAAAAGGUCAUCAAACCUAAAGAUGAGAGGGAAGUGAAAAAACCUCCCAAAGGAAAGGAAGAGGCGAAGAAACCAAUUCACGCAGAGGUCAAAGCAACAAAACCACCUAAGAAGGAAAAAGAUCUCAAGAAGAUUUCCAAAGAAAGGAAGAGGGUGAUGAAACCAGUGACAGAAGAGGAAGUCAAGAAACCUCCCAAAGAAGAAAAAGAAAUCAAGAAAACACCUAAAAAAGAGAAAGAAGUAAUUAAAGCUACCAGAGAAGUUAAAGAGGAAAAGGAACCAAUAAGACAAAUAAAGGAACUCAAGAAACCACCCAAAGAAGAGAAAAAGGUCAGAAUACUAGCAAAAAUAGAGACAGAAGUAACCCAACCUCCUAAAGAUGAGAAGAAACCACCUACAGUAAAGACAGAACUUAAGAAACUUCCUAAACAACUUCCCAAAGAAAAGAAGGAAAGGAAGCCUCUUAAAGAAGAGAAAAAAUCUCCCAAACAAGAGAAAAAAGUUAAGAAACCUGAACCUGUCAAAGAAGAGAAGGAAGAGAAAAAACCUCUCAAAAAAGAGAAGGAACCUCUUAAAGAGGAGAAACAUGAGAUGGAACAUUUCAAAAAAGAGAAGGAAGAGGAGAAACAUCUUAAGAAAGAGAAGAAAGAGGACAAACCUCUCAAAAAAGAGAAGAAAGAGGAGAAACCUCUCAAAGAAGAAAAGGAGGAGAAAAAAACUCCCAAAAAAGAGAAACCUGAGAAGGAACAUCUCAGAAAAGAGAAGGAAGAGGAGAAACCUCUUAAGGAAGAGAAACCUGAGAAAGAGCAUCUCAAAAAAGAGAAGAAAGACAAGAAACCUCUUAAGGAAGAAAGGGAAGAGAAGAAACCUCUUAAGGAAGACAAACCUGAGAAGGAACAUCUCAAAAAAGAGAAGGAAGAGAAGAAACAUCUCAAAAAAGAGAAGGAAGAGGAGAAACCUCUUAAGGAAGAAAGGGAAGAGGAGAAACCAGUGAAAAAAGAGACAAAAGAGGAGAAACCUCUCAAAAAAGAGAAGGAAAAAGAGAAACAUCUUAAGGAAGACAAACCUGAGAAGAAACCUCUCAAAAAGGAGAAGGAAGAGAAGAAACUUCUUAAGGAAGAAAGGGAAGAGAAGAAACCAGAACAUCUCAAAAAAGAGAAGGAAGAGAAGAAAUCUCUUAAAGAAGAAAAAGAGGAGAAGAAACAUCUCAAAAAAGAGAAGGAAGAGGAGAAACCUCUUAAGGAAGAGAAACCUGAGAAGGAACAUCUCAAAAAAGAGAAGGAAGAGAAGAAACCUCUUAAAGAAGAAAAGGAAGAUAAGAAACCUCUUAAAAAAGAGAAGCAAGAGAAGAAACCUCUUAAGAAAGAGAAACCAGAGAAGAAACAUCUUAAAGAAGAAAAGGAAGAGAAGAAACCUCUCAAAAAGGAGAAGGAAGAGGAGAAACCUCUUAAGCAAGAGAAACCUGAGAAGGAACAUCUUAAAAAAGAGAAGGAAGAGAAGAAACCUCUUAAGGAAGAAAGGGAAGAGAAGAAACCAGUGAAAAAAGAGACAAAAGAGAUGAAACAUCUCAAAAAAGAGAAGGAAAAAGAGAAACAUCUUAAGGAAGACAAACCUGAGAAGGAACAUCUCAAAAAAGAGAAGGAAGAGAAGAAACCUCUUAAGGAAGAAAAGGAAGAGAAGAAACCUCUCAAAAAGGAGAAGGAAGAGAAGAAACCUGUUAAGGAAGAGAAACCUGAGACGGAACAUCUCAAAAAAGAGAAGGAAGAGAAGAAACCUCUUAAAGAAGAAAAGGAAGAGAAG